GGUCAGCCAUGGCACGGUCCAGCUCCUCUGUCCUUCGUUCGUUAAAUGGGCUAUUUUCUGUGUAUAAACCCCCCGGCGUUAUCUGCAGUAAUUUGUAUGAGACACUCAGCAUGAAGUUACUGAAAGACUUGAACUCUCUUCAACAUUCAUCUAAGCAAAAUAUCCUUUUCCUGCCAGAAGGCAGUGAAGGCUGCAGUGGGGUGGAACUAACCAAGGUGGUCACAUCAGUCCCAUCUUUAGUUGAUCAUGUGUUAGUUAAAGGACCAGCUUACACUUCCCUGAAGAUUGGAGUAGGGCACAUACUUGACAAGCAGUCAUCUGGGGUAUUAGUGUUUGGAAUUGGCCAUGGAACCAAGCUUCUCACGGUCAUGCAUGAGAAUCAUUAUACCAGGGAUUACACAGUUUGUGGUACUUUUGGCAAAGCUACUUCAGAUUUUUCAGAUGCUGGAAAAGUGAUUGAGAAGACAACAUUUAAUCAUAUCACCAAAGACAAAUUUGAGCGCGUGCUUGCCAUGAUUCAAGGAGUUAACCACAAGGCUUUGAUCAUGAACAGUCGUGUGGAUCUGAAAAGUCAGGAAGCAUAUGACUUGGCAGUACAAGGCCAGCUGCGCCCUAAGGAGAAGAGCCCACCUCUCAUUCUGGCAGUGCGAUGUUUGGAUUUUUCUCCACCUGAUUUCACUCUAGAGAUCCGAUGUAUGCAUGAGACUCAGAAGUAUCUCCGCAAAGUAAUCCAUGAAAUUGGGCUGGAGCUCAGAUCCACUGCAAUCUGCACUAAGGUCCGUCGUACACGAGAUGGCCCCUUUACAUUGGACUGUGCCUUGACACGAGCACAUUGGGAUCUGGAUAGUGUCAGCAAAGCCAUUAAAGAAUUCCAUCCCAAAGUUAAUGAAAUUCUCAAAGAAAGCAUGGACUUCACUUUGAAGAACACCAAUUCUGAGGAGUUACACAGCACUGAAGAGAGAGGGUUUUAG